AUGUUCGGCUGGACGCUCACCGGGCGCGUGGCCGCCACUCGACAGGCCGACCAGGGCGUUGCCCUGUCUUGCGCCACCCUGUCCAUCCCGGGCCCAGCGACCGGCCACGAGCGCCUCCUCGGCCUCGUCCAAAAAUUCUGGUCUCUGGAGGAGGUACCCCAGACGAGAAGGAUCUCCGCCGCCGACGUCGAGUGCGAGGCAGCGUUCGCUCGAGGAUGCAGCCGAGACCCCACAGGGCGCUACACCGUGGCCCUCCCGCUACGACCGGAACGCGUCGCUCUCCUCGGGGAGAGCCUGAGCCAGGCUCGUUCCGCCCUCGCCUCGAUGCACCGCCGGAUGCAGCGGGACCAGGAACUGUCGGGCCUCUACCACGAGUUCAUGGCCGAGUAUGAGAACCUCGGGCACAUGAGGCGUCUCACUGCCGAGGAGCUCACCGCACAUCAAGGACCGACCGUCUACAUCCCGCAUCACGGGAUCUGGCAAAAUCACGAUCGAGGACGGAAACUGCGCGUCGUCUUCAACGCCUCGAGACCCACAUCCUCCGGAUACAGCCUGAACGACGCGCUGCACGCCGGGCCGAAGCUACAAGGGCACGUGACCACCGUGCUCACUAGGUGGAGGCUGCACCGCUACGCCUUUUGCGCGGACAUCCAGAUGAUGUUCCGCCAGAUCCGCGUGAGUUUGGAGACAACCCGACGUCUCAGGGACCAUCUGAUCGCGCUCCUCACGGCGGGCGGCUUCCACCUGCGGAAGUGGGUGGCCAGCGACCCCGCCUUGCUUGAGGACAUCGCCGUGGAUGAUCGCCUUCGACCCAGCUGGGUCCAUCUCUCGGCGGACGGACCAGUCACCGAGCUCGGAGUAGGCUGGAGCCCAACCACCGACCGAUUCCGGUUCAAGCCUCCCGCCUCGCCUCAUCCCGGGCUUCAACUGACCAAGCGCAAGGCCCUCGCCGAGCUCUCCAGUAUCUUCGACCCGGCGGGAUGGAUGGCGACAAUCACCCUCGUGGCUAAGAUGAUCGUGCAGGAUCUGUGGAGAGCGAAGCUGAGCUGGGACGAGAUCCUCCCACAGGCGUGGCAAGAAAAGUGGUCCGCAUUCCGCUCCACGAUCCUCGCGGCCACCGAGAUCGACAUACCCCGAUGGAUCGGGUUCGCACCCGACAAGAACCUCCAGCUCCACGCGUUCGCCGACGCCAGCCGCCGCGCCCUAGCCGCCGCAGUCUACUCGCGGGUCACCGACAAGGACGGAAGCAUCACCACCGCCCUACUCAACGCUCGGACAAAGCUCUCCUCCAUCAAGGGCCUCCAGCCAGCGUCAACCGGUCGCCUGCGCAUGACAAUCCUGCGACUGGAACUGCGCGCGGCUCUCAUCGCCUCGCAGCUUCUCAUCACUACCGCCUCCGCCCUCAAGGUCCCGAUCUCGGCCUGCCACCUUUGGAGCGACUCUCGCGUCGCACUGCAUUGGCUGCAGUCCGACGAUCCGGUGGGGAACGACCUCGUGGACAACUACAUCGCUCACGUCCAGGAAUUGAUUGCCGGAGCAACCCUUCACCACGUGCCCACCACCGACAAUCCCGCGGACAUCGCCUCUAGGGGGGUCGGUUCGGACGGCCUCAAGGACCACCGCCUCCGGUGGACCGGGCCGAAGUGGCUGUCCAGCCCCGAAUCCGCCUCGCCCCAGACCGCCCUCGUCGACGACCCACCGUCUACAGGCCCGGGCGACACCACCACGGCCUGCCUGGUCUCGCUCGCUCAUCGUCGAAGCCCUGCCGCCACGGAGGACCAAGCCCGGAACCACCUCGAGAAUUUCUCCACGCUGGGGAGUCUCCUCCGCGGCACCGUGAGGGCCCACCGGCUGCUGACCGGGUCAACGCCCAACUCGCCCAGACCUUUGGGGCCCGUCCGAGCUGCUGACCUCCGCUGGGCCUUUCUCACCUGCGCCCGCUUCUCGCAACGUCAAACCUUCGCUGAUGAGAUCAAGCUUCUCCAAGGACCCGCGCCCCGGCUUCAGGCCUCACUCAGAGCGCUGGAACCCUUCCUGGACGAAGACGGACUCAUGAGAGUGGGCGGACGCCUCUCACAAUCUCCACUGCCCUACGACGAGCGCCACCCCGUCCUCCUGGACGGACGCUCGCACCUGGCAGAGCUCGUCCUCCGAUGGGCCCACGCUCGCAGUCUGCAUGGAGGCUUUCGCUCUACCUACGCGAGAGUCCUGCAGAAGGCGUGGAUCACCGGCGGCAAGUCGCGCGUCAAGCGCCACCUUCGUCAGUGCCUGAUCUGUGCCCGGAUCUCCGCAAGGACCGCCGCCCAAGGGAUGGCCCCUCUCCCCGCGGUCAGGGUGACCCCCUCGCGGCCCUUCAGUCACUGCGGCGUAGACUAUGCCGGCCCAUUUCCACUCUGCCGAAGCCGCGGACGGGGACUCCCUACCAUCAAGGGAUACGUGGCGCUUUUCGUGUGCAUGAGCACGAAAGCGAUCCACCUGGAGUUCGUCGGUGAUCUGACGACGGCCAGCUUCCUCGGAACCCUCACCCGAUUCAUCGGAAGGAGAGGACGCCCAAACGAGAUCUGGAGCGACAAUGGCACCAACUUCCGUGGUGCCAGCCUGGAGCUUCGACGACUGCUGCAGGAGGCCGAAAUCGACUGGGGGCUGGUCAAAGGGACGCUGGUACAGGACGGUGUCUCGUGGAGGUUCAUCCCCCUCGCUGCCCCUCACUUCGGCGGACUCUGGGAGGCGGUGUUAAGAGCAUGA